AUGUCCUCUGCGGGGGCGAAGGCCUGCUCCGAUCCGGUGGUCGGCGUGGACCAGAGGAAGCGGCGGCGGAUGGAGUCCAACAGGGAGUCCGCAAGGAGGUCCCGGCUGAGGAAGCAGAAGCGCGUGGAGGAGCUGUUGAACGAGGCGGCGACGCUGAAGGAGGAGAGCGCAAGGAUGGCGGCGCAGGCGGCGGUCGUGGAGGAGAAGCUCGUUGAUCUGGAGUCGGAGAACGCCGUCCUGGGUGCCCAGGUGAUGGAACUGAAGGAGCGGCUGCAGUCGAUGAACUCGGUGCUCCGCCUCGUCGAGGAGUUCAGUGGGAUCUCGGUGGACAUCCCCGAGAUGCCCGACCCCCUCCUCAGGCCCUGGCAGCUCCCCUGCCCCUCGCACCCUAUCAUGGCCACCGCCGAGAUCACCCACUACUAG